AUGGGUAAACCAGAUAGAACAGUUGGUUUGCCUUAUCAUCUGUUGUACCCAAUAAUAUCAUGCGUAUUAUUAGGUAUUGCUGCGUUUUCCAGUGCGAGUACAAUUUGGUAUGUUAGCGCUACUACACCUACUGAGACUAUCCGUUUCGGUUCCACCAAUUACUGCGGAUACAACGUCUCAAACUUUGUCAUCACAGCUGAUUUAGGUUGUAUAAGUCGUGGAUAUCAAUGGCAAAUUCCUGAAAAUUACUUUGGAUUCAUCCUUCCUGAUGAUAUAAAUUACAACGUUGGUCGAGUUGCCGUUACUUCAGUUGUAGCCUUCUCCUUCGUACUCGCCUCUGGAGCAUGGCACGCAUAUACCAUCCGGUAUAGUUUUCGACUUAGCCCCGCUCCUAACAAUGACAAAUUAUGGAGUUCAGUACAGAUCCAUAUGGUUUCCGUGGCUAUCGUGUUCCUGUAA